AUGCAAUCGGGUGGGCCUGAAUCCGCUAGCCCCAUGACCCACAGGGUUCAGUCUCUGUCUUCCGCAGAUACCAGAGGGAAACAUAGGAUACAUGCUGAAGUCAAGCGCUUGGAGCAGGAAGCAAGAUUUUUAGAGAUAGGAGCACAGGAUGAUAUUGAUGUCAGAGUUGUUGGUGUGGACAGAGAGAUAGGAUAUGAAAUUUCUCUUGAUGUGAAAUUUCUUUUGGGCAUAUUGUUUGAAAGGUGUGAUGAGGCCAGGAGGGGGAUGGUAGGCAAGGGUGCAGAUAAAGCAGAAGAGCUGGAACAACUUGAAAGGAUGGAGAAAGCGUCUACAGCGUGCAAAGGAAUGCUCAGCAACGUGGAAACAAAACCUGAUCCAUUACUACCAUCAACAAUUGGACCAGUAAGUCCUACGUGGGAUCGAUGGUUUGAAGGCCCCCAAGAUUCUAAAGGCUGCUGUAGAUGCUGGAUUCUCUGA